UGGUAAGAAUUCCACGUUGUGGCCGUGGAGACCUGGGCUCGAAUCCCAGCAGCCACACUUCUAUUUUUUUUUCAUUUUUUUUUUGCGGCAUAAGACAAAACGACACCGUUUAGCACCUUCGCUCAAUUCACGCCUUAUGAAUAAAUUCAGAGUGAAUGUGAAUGAUAAAACAAACCCGCUCUGUAAUCCCAAUUCCCGAUCUCACUCGCGUAAGUUUUAUUUAAUCAAGUUCAAGGAAGCAAGAUGUUGGGUGUCAUAAGAAACAAGAGUAUUCGCCAUACCCUCUCCAAUUUCAGACAGUUCUCUUCUUCCGCCAAACAGAUGACAGUGAGAGAUGCUCUCAAUUCUGCGCUUGAUGAGGAAAUGUCCGCUGAUCCUAAAGUUUUCUUGAUGGGUGAAGAGGUUGGAGAAUAUCAAGGUGCAUAUAAGAUAUCCAAGGGACUUCUGGAGAAGUAUGGCCCUGAGAGGGUUCGUGACACUCCCAUCACUGAGGCUGGGUUUACUGGGAUUGGAGUUGGCGCUGCUUACUAUGGUCUAAAGCCUGUUGUGGAGUUUAUGACAUUUAACUUCUCCAUGCAGGCAAUAGAUCACAUCAUUAAUUCUGCUGCGAAAUCAAAUUACAUGUCUGCUGGGCAAAUAUCUGUACCUAUUGUCUUUAGAGGACCCAAUGGUGCUGCUGCUGGUGUUGGUGCUCAACACUCUCAUUGUUAUGCAGCUUGGUAUGGAUCGUGCCCUGGGUUAAAAGUUUUGGCACCAUAUUCAUCUGAAGAUGCUCGUGGUUUACUUAAAGCGGCUAUAAGGGACCCUGAUCCUGUAGUUUUCCUUGAAAAUGAGUUGUUAUAUGGUGAGUCAUUCCCUGUUUCCGCCGAAGUUCUUGAUUCCAGUUUUUGCCUUCCCAUUGGAAAAGCGAAGAUUGAGAGAGAAGGAAAAGAUGUGACUAUUACAGCCUUCUCAAAAAUGGUUGGCUUUGCUCUAAAGGCUGCUGAGAUACUGGAAAAAGAAGGAAUCAGUGCUGAGGUUAUUAAUUUACGUUCAAUCCGGCCGCUUGAUCGAUCCACCAUCAAUACUUCUGUCAGGAAAACCAACAGACUGGUGACAGUUGAAGAAGGGUUUCCUCAGCAUGGUGUUGGCGCUGAAAUCUGUACAUCCGUCAUUGAGGAGAGUUUUGGCUAUCUUGAUGCACCGGUUGAGAGAAUUGCUGGGGCUGAUGUUCCCAUGCCUUAUGCUGCAAAUCUAGAGAGAUUGGCUGUCCCACAGGUUGAAGAUAUUGUUCGUGCUGCAAAGAGAGCAUGCCACAGAUCUGUGCCUUUGGCUGCAGCUGCCUAAAAUUAUCAAUUUAGUCCUAAAUUUUUUCAAGUUGUGGUUUGUUGUUUGGUAACCCUUGAUGUUACCGAAAAUUAUUGCUCCCAAAUUUCCACCACAUCGUCAUAAAGAAAGGUUUCACUCAUUGGAUGCUUUCAUCCGGGUUUCAACCCGGAAUUUCAGUGGUAUUUGUAACUCCAUUUACAAACAAUAGAAAAGGCCACUGUACAAUUACAGACACAUUUUCAUCAACAAAAAAAUACAGACAUUUAAUGUCCAAA